AUGGCAUCCGAUAGGAUUUAUUUCUCGUAUUUAAAAUUUGACAAACAAUGGUAUAAGAAUGGUAUCAAAAGACACGGCAGUAUCUCACGCCAACCAGCGCCAAGUUAUAUAAAGAAUAUGCGAGGUACAUUUUCAGUCAAACUGCUUCGAGGAACGAAUGACCAAACCGCGUUCCAAAGGUAUUAAACCACAUGUAAAACGUCGCCUCAAAAAAGGAUCGAUACCAACAGAAUUUCUCAAUUUACCAAAUGAUAGACACAAGCGAUUGUAUCCAUUUGAGAAAUCUUAUGACAGUAAUGGUGUAGAACCUUCACAGAAAUCAGUUCGUUCCGGAAUACCAACUUAUGCAGAACUUGUUGGUUGUACAAAGAACAGUAUUGAAAAAGACGCUAUCCCGGAACCUACUCCAUACACAAUAUUGGAUAUCAUCACUGAUCCCUGUGCUGUAAAUGCAAGUACAAUGGAAGAGCAUGCACCAAUGGAAAUUAUCGACUCUGGACAAGA